AUGCAGAUUACAUGUUAUGAGAAGAAUAAUAACAGGUAUGUGAUGGCAUCAACAAAAGAUGCUUUCAAAUUCGCUUCUCGUAAAUCUUCACGUGCCCAACCAUGGUGGAAAACUACAGAUAUAGAUGAAUUAAUCUACUUGGUUUCUCAGAAAUUGCUCAAUCACGUUGAGAGUUGUGACCUUCCACCUCCUCCUCGAAAAACAUAUCUUGAGGCAAAGGAAAAUUUGGACUCGGGAUUGAUGCAUAGAAAGACAGAACCUUCAUCCAAUCAAGGACAUUUCUAUAUUUCUUUUGACAAAUCCUCAAGUUAUAGUGCUAUUCAUGAGAGUGACAAUGAAGAAGCUUUUGAGGGAAACCAAAGCAAAGCUCAAUUGAUGGAAGCGUUGCGUUAUUCACAAACACGCGCGAGGGAAGCCGAGGAGUUAGCGAAACUGCCUUACGCUGAGAAAGAGCAUAUUAUUGCACUAUUUUUUUAUACAAGCUUCACAUCUUUUUGCAUACAAGCAAUGGUGUAG